GUGCAUUAUGUCGCGCAAUAACGACACACAACGAUCCCGACGACGAGCCCCUGAGCGCUCAAUGGCGUCACGGUGCUGGCAAUGACAGUGUUAAAAGAUGGAGCCUCCACCGUUUAUGUAAAUACGUGUGACAGAAUGAGAGUGGGACUCAAGGCGGGGAGCGUGCUGUCUGAAUGAAGGGAGGGGGCAGCCGUCGUCAUGGCGGUGUAGCUCCGCUCGCAAGAAGGAGGUGUGUGGCUCCACUGUGCAUCUACUCCAGGGGGGAGAGGCGGUACUCGGCUUACCUUGGAUGGAAUCAUGUCAGCAGCAUCCGUAUAAUACACGAUAAGCGGCUCGAAGAAAGACAGAAAUGGGUGGGCAGAUAACGCGAAAUGCAUUAUACGACUCCCUUGGUGGCCCUUUUCCAUCCACAUCCCAUCGCUGCCACCACAAACCCAAGAGAUGCCUGCCUAUUCAGUGUGGCAGUGUUGGUGCUCCCCUUCCAGUCAGCCCACUUCUCUUCCAUCCUAAUGCCAAGGGUUCACAAAUUGUCAUGGACCUUGCCCAGAAGACAGUCAAGAGACAGGGUAGUUUCUGCAAUGCCAUCACCUUCAGCAACAGACCUAUCGCUCUGUACGAGCAAGUCCGCCUGAAGAUUACUAAAAAGCAGUGUUGUUGGAGUGGGGCUCUGCGUCUGGGCUUCACCUCCAAAGAUCCCUGCAGGAUAAACCCAGACAACCUGCCAAAGUAUGCCUGCCCGGAUCUGGUGUCCCAAAGUGGCUUCUGGGCUAAGGCUCUUCCUGAAGAGUUUGCAAACGAGGGCAAUGUUAUCACCUUUUGGGUCGACAAGAAGGGCCGCGUUUUCUACCGCAUAAACGAAUCCAGCCCCAUGCUGUUCUUCAGCGGAGUCAGAACAGCUGAUCCCCUCUGGGCUCUAAUUGAUGUUUACGGUCUGACCCGGGCAGUGCAGCUGUUAGACAGUGAGAUUGUUCCUCCUGACUGCCUACGCCCACGGUCUUUUACGACUGUGCGCUCCUCCUCUCUGCGGCGCGAGACAGACGACUCCCGGCUCUCUGUUAGCCUGUGUGACCUCAAUCUUCAGCAAGACGACGGUGGCCCCUCCCACAAUCACUCUCACCGCCACACGCUUCACCUGGCCUCGGCCUCCUCUACCUGUCCCAUCCCCCAGAACUCCCUCAACUCACAGCAGUCGUCUCUUUUACCGUCAGCCUUGGAGAGUGAUCUCCACUUCCACCAGCUGCGUGGCGCCCACAUUAAGACGUUAGACAAGCAGACGGUAGCGAGAUCAGAGCAUUCACGUGAGGAGCACACUCUGGUGUUUACCAACCGCCCCCUACGAACUGGAGAGUGCGUGUUCAUCAAAGUCACCAAGUCCAGUCCAACCCGCUCAGGCUCCUUGUCCUACGGUGUGACAUCCUGUGACCCGGCGGUGCUGCGCCCAAGUGACCUGCCGUACAAUCCUGAGGCUCUCGUGGACAGGAAGGAGUUUUGGGCAGUAUGUCGCGUGCCCACGCCUCUCCAAAGCAGUGACAUCCUGGGCUUCUUGGUCAACCAAGAAGGGGAGGUCAUCCUAAGCCACAAUGGCACCAAUGUCGGCAUGCAAGUGUGUGUGGACAACUCACGGCCGCUCUGGAUGUUCUUUGGUCUACAUGGGGCUGUGACUCAGCUGAGAAUUCUGGGCUCCACUCAUGUUGGAGAUCCACGGGCCGUGUCGAACCCCAGUUCACCCUCCUCCUCACCGCACACUCCAAGCGCCCUGGGUAGCGGAAGCUCAGAUCCUGUCCUCAAUGGUGGUCUGUGCUCUGCAGCUUACUGCAGCUCAGCAGGGGGAACAACCCCAAAUUCUCCAGUCAGCCUCCCUAAGUCGCCUACAUUCCCAUCAGGUCGUGGGCCUUGGUCUGACGAGUGCUCUAUCUGUUAUGAGAACACCGUGGACACGGUCAUCUACGCCUGCGGACACAUGUGUCUUUGUUAUACCUGUGGCCUAAAGCUCAAGAAAAUGUCCAACGCCUGCUGUCCCAUCUGCAGAAGGCAGAUUAAAGACAUCAUCAAGACCUAUCGAAGUACAUAAACAAGUGGAUGGCAUGCCGAUGAAGAUGUUCAAAUGAACUUCUUCUGAUACUUUCAUGCGGUAUUGUCUUAAAUAACGCAGGUACAGUACAACUUCAUUGGGAUGGUCUCAUACAGGGACAGCACUUAAAGACACAGAUUUGUGAUUUUAUUUGUUGAUUCAUGGAAAAAGACGCAGGGGUUGUCACCUUUUGGGAUGUCUGGGUAAGUCUUUCAGGAUGCGGUGAAGCGCUCAGUUACCCGCAGCGUGUAAAUGGUGUCGUGUCCGUGGCUUACCGAGCUCUACUUGUCGGAAAAGACAAGUCAGUCUAGCGUUGCAAUGAUGGAUCCUUGUAAUCAUCGUGGUCGUAAUCAGUGAGUGGCGUACGUAGACAUGGUGCUGACUGUAGGUAGGAUUGUAACGCCUCUUGUACUCAUGUAUUCUAAUAUACCUUUAUGGUAGUACUACUUCAACUGUAUGUUGUUGUGCUAGCUAGCUGCUUGCUCUGCAAUGUGGUGUAUGUUGCACUGAAAUCGGCAUCCUCACGGAAAUGCCCCGUGACUGCGAGACAAUGAAAACAGACUCAGCAGCUCGCAGUUCAUAAAAACACAAACAGGGAGUAGAUUCUCAGGGCCAGUGCUGUAUUCUCUUUCUUUUUAAGAAAUAUGGACUAUUUUCCCAAACUAACCAUGCCUGAUGCACUGUGAGUAAUCCUGACAAGUUCACAGCUCCUCAGAAAGAGCUCCCGCAGGAACACGUGAAGUCGGGAUUGUUGCCAUGGUAUCGGUUAUGACACAGCCUCCUGCCUUAACCCACAUUCGUUACAAGCAGAUCUAUAUGUUAUAUUUCUAUGUGGCAAAUUACCAAAAAAAAAUACUAUUAUGUGGCAUAAACUGUCAUAUUUUUCACUCAGAGGGGAGAAAAACAGCACACACAAAAAUGACAAUGUAUUUUUGUAAAUCCACAAUAUUUCCCGUAUUAUUAUGAAACAGCUUUUUCACCAGCAGCAAAGAUGCUUAAUAGAAAUCAAAUAUUUGAAUCACACCUAUCCCGUGCUUUUAGUCAUUGCACCCUAUCUCAUCACCUGUACACAGUGGAUCCCCACUUUUCACAAAAAUCUGCAAAUUUGACACUCAAACAUUACUCAUUUGUAACUCGCAGGGCAUGCGGGGUAAAUUCAUGUUGGGGACGUGUGAGAGUGGGCUUAUCAAUCAGCAUAAAAUAAUCUUGUUUUGCAUGUACAGUAAUCCCUCAUUUAUCACGGUUAGACCCGACCGUGAUGAAUGAAUUUCCACCAAGUAUGAUUUCUUAGUUAUAAAUUGAAUAUUUUCAUACUUAGAGUAGACCUUCGAAAUAUGUUUUUUUAACAUGAUUAGAGCCCUCUAGACAUGAAAUAACACCCCUACAGUCACCUUUACACUACCAUUACCCAAUAUAGUAGACAUGAUAAGAGUAAAUAAGACAUUUAAGAAAUAAAUAAGACUUGUAUUCAUGUGUGUUGCUGUAAAUGUGUUGCAGUGUGAGAGGAGCUGAGUAGGGGGUGCGGACAGGAAGUGAGUUGAGUAUCAGCUUGGCGUGGGUUACGGCUGCAACAGUAGGUCGUGUUAGGGAUUCUUGUGAGAUCAUUCACCCCUGCAAUAAAAGCCUGUUUUUUGUCUGUCUGAUGCUCACCCGACAUUACUACCACCUAGUGACCAGUGGAGAACACGACACAUUAUCACAACAUCUUUGAAUGCGUCUUCUGAAUCCCUUAAAUGUUAUGUCAUUUUGCCAUUUUAAUGCUUGAAAAUGCUUCAUUUAGUCCAGAAAUGCGUAACAUUUGUUUAAAUGUGCAUUUUUUGCUACUAAUAGGCCGUAUUCAACCACGAAACAGCAUGAUUUAUUAAUGAAUGCAUUUUUGAAAAGCGUGGUAGUUGUUGAUCGUGUGAAAUUUGAAGCGGGGGGGGAGGGAUUCCUGUAUCUUAGUUAGUAAGCUUGUACUUCGAUACCCGCAUAGUCCAUCACUAUGUUUACAUGCUGUCAAUAUUGGGGUUAAGGUCAAUAUUCCGGUUUGGGAAACAUUCGGAAUAACCCGUUUACAUGCGUGACGUGAAAAAAAACAAAAAUUGCACGGACAACAUCUCGACGCACGAAAAACAUCAUGACGCAAUACGUGUCAUUUCUGCUUCUUCUUCUUGUAUCCAAAAACAUCAACAACAGCGCAGGGCCGGUAGCAGUCGCCUUUGUUGGCGCUUUGGUGCUGGUACCGACCCGCCACCAGUACUUGACACCAUUCUGUCUCACUUCCUUCAUUAAUGGAAGGCGAGAACGUGAAGAAAUAGGAAAUGGAGCCGGAGCUGUGCCAUCCAUAUCUAUGCUACCCGUUUCCACCAGAGCCCCCCCGGACACUUCGUACAAACCCUGCUUUGCGUAACUUCUCGCUCACCUGAUAGAUUUUGCUAUGGCGGUACUUUCGCCCGUCUAUAAAAGACAUCAUGUUCCUGUCUUUCACCACACUAACCAAAUGCUCCAAACGUGGGGAGUUUUGCGUGUCGUCAUGUUUACAAGUAGUUCCUGCCAAAGACACAAGAUUCCGUUCCAAUAGAACAUGCGCAGAACAUAAAUUAAUGUUACUUUCGCUCGGGAUCCCAAUAGGCGUAUACAUGACCCAAUAUUUGGGUUAGAAAAGGAGUAACCCAGGGCUAAUAUUCAGGUUUUGUUAUUGGUGUUCACAUGGCCGUGAGCAACCGGGUCCUUGCUAAUAUUGGGUUUGUGAUAGGCUUAGGUGACGUACUGUGUGAGUGAAGGUAGGCGUUUGUUGGUUUGUCUCGUGUGAAUACAUAACAUGGAGUGUCGCCAAUGGGAUCUACUGUGUACACAAGUCAGCAGGAAAGCAUCGCUUAAUCAAGGCAGGCAGCACAGAAUAGUUUUACACGUAAGUGACUGGACUUCAUUUUGUAGGUGAUCACCAAACAGGGAUCCAAGUUUUGCUGCUGUUGAUUUGCCAGCUGUCAUUUACCAGCAAGCGCUGACACAUCCCUCCUCGCUUUCAAUCAUGCUCCUGCUUGCAGUGUUGAUUCACAUGCGAAUGCUAAUUUAUGUAUUUGGAAAGAGUCAUUUUAUUGAUGUGCUUCAACCGAAGAAGUCAUUUCAAUGUUUUUUUUACCAUUUUUGGCACCGUUUCCUUGUUCAUCCCAAUACUGCAGUCUAAAUGUAUUCUAGUUUUUUAGUGCGCAGUGUGAAUACAGAUGAUGUUAAACACCUUGCGGUAGUGUUGUACGCAAUCAGAGUCGCCGGAAGUAAGCAGUUUGGUGGAUUAACAUCCCUGAAUCCUAUGUGUUGGUUUUCUCCUGUUGCUGUGUCUCAAUUCACGCACUUCCCUACGUACACUUUUGGGUGUGUAAGUGUACUCACACUUAGCACCCUCAAAAGGUGCCAUCUUGGCUACGCAGCACAAAGAAUAACAGAGGCUGAGGUGGCCGAUCCGGUCCAAGUGAAUAUAGGGCCAGUAUUGCAGAUACCGAUGCUGAUACUUUUGUUUGAAAUGUUUCAAGAUCAUUGAAAGAUGAUGUGAUAAUUACAUUCAGAGUAAAACACCGGACAAAGAUUGGAGGCAAACCAAUUAGGAGAGUCAUGAGACGAGACAACGCAUGAGAUUGGGUCGACGAGCCGAGAUUCAUUUUUUAAAAAAAUGAAAAAAUAUGACUGGACACACAAACGUUUUAAUUUCAACGAUUUUGGUUUUGCAAUCGUCUUUUUUCCCUCUUAAUUUGUGUUGCAUUACCUUGCAUUGCUCCUCACGAGGCUCCCUUGCUGCACCACUGUGUGUGUAUGUAGUGGCCCCGCCUCUCCCCACAGAGACACAGCGACUGUAUGACUGACAAGAGGUCUCACUCCGUUGUUGUAUGGAAUGCUGCUGUUCUAUGAAGUGUCUGGGUGCCGAACCAAUGCACAGAAUGCUCUAGCAAUUUUUCAACUGGUCUUAAGGAGUGUAUCUUGUCACAUUUUAAUCUGGCGAGAUCUUGUGACUCCCCGAAAACAAGUACAUAUUUUUCAUCAACAAACCUAUUUGGGGACAAUUACCCAAUUAUCCCCUUAUUCCCUUGCAUGUGUUGAUACAAAAUAACUAAACACAAGCAAGAACUACUAUUGACUCUCAUCAUCUUAUUAUUGCUCAUAAUUCUAUUUUAUUCUGCCGCAACCGUGCGUAGAACCCUCACAAGUCAUGUCACCGGCAAGGUUUUGAUCAUAGGCAGUGUGCCAUUGAUAGUGUGUAACAUUCGGUGUAACCAUGGCAACGUAACUGACGGCCAAAGUAAAAAAUGGGUCAUUUGAUUAGGAAAGACCCAAGUUGAUGAGGAACCCAGGCAGGCAUUGUACCCGGCACACAGGACAUAUUGAAGCGUGCUGAUCUGAGACACAUCCUUUUGUGUGGGCACUUAUGUUAGAGGUGCUCUGUUGUGUGAAAGCCAUCGGGGGGGGGGGGUGAUAAAUGUCACUUUAUUCAGCAGCUGAUUGUAAACUACAAGUAUGUUUCAGUUGUGGCAUGUUUUUUUUUAAUGCACUAAGUUCAUUUACAUUAUAAAAUAUGUUUUUCAUGUAUGAACCAUUUCGGUUGCAGGUGUUAUUCUGCUCCUUCCCUUUUGCAUUCAAAUGACUGAAACAGGCUCCUUGAAUGUCAAUGACCCUGUAAUGUGCUUGUUAUCCAUCACUGAUGGGAGGGCUACAUCCUCUUGCUUUUCUUCUAUUUUGUGCAUUUGCAGUCUUCUACUGUACUUUCCACACGAUGGAUUAGUAGUUAGCAUGUUGGCCACACAGUCAGGAGAUGACAUUGAAUGAAUGACUCCUGUGUGUGUAGCCAAACAUAAAAAAACACAUAUAGAGAUUGUCGCUAUAGCGUUUAUGUCGUGCAUGACUGAUGUGUUUACCUUACGUGAACAUCGGGACCAACCGUUUAUGAGCACAGGAAGUGUGUGUUUUUCCACAGCAGCAUUAUGAAGCGCAAGGUAAACCUCGAUCAUUUUUUAUUGCAAACAUUGUAAACUAUUUUCAGUGAGUCAGAUGAUUGUGGUAAAUAAACUUUCCAUGUGUUUCAA